AUGUCGAACGCCGCGAUGCCGUCGGUGGCACUGUCGCCAAGCGCUGCCACGGGCGACGAUCCCCGGCAGUCAGCUGACCUGGCAGGAGGCUGCAUGUCGCCGCACUAUCCCCUCAACGACGAGCUCGAAUUCGACCGCUACGAGCAUCACGCCGUGGGGGCCCGCGAUGUCAUGGUCCACCGGAUCAUGGAGAAUUACAUGUUCCCCAAGAAGGUCAAACCCAAGAUUAUGCAUCGGAGAAUCGGCCAGGAGUUCAGCUUCGGCCCGAUCAAAGCCCAGGAUAGCACCCUUGGCCUAGACCUGCAGUGUGUCUGGAGAAUGUUGGCAACUGAGUGGGACUUGACUGAACAGCCCAAGUUUCCGCACGAUCACAAGUCCAAAGGACCGAGGACUACCCUUUGGAGGAACCGACGGGGAUACCAGCUGUCGACUGAUCCCUAUGCUCUGCCGCAAUUGCAGGACAUGGUCCUCGGGCUUGUGCAGCGCCACUUCCUGGAACUGUCUGAUCCGACGCUCAGAGCUGUCCUGAAGGGUCUGAAGCAGCAUCACACGCCGUCGCCGACGCAGUCCACCCCGGGCUGGACUAGCACCAUGCUUGACCACCUCAGGGGGUACCAGAAACACGCAUUGGAACAUCAGCGCUAUGUCGUCUUCUCCGGUGGCACCCAGGCCCCUGUCAAGGGAUCCAAGUCCGUGGCCGAGAAUUUCUUUGUCAGUUUACCUCGCGAUGACCUACUAUACCGUGUCUAUUCUCUCAAGUGGAUAUCCGUCUGGGGACGGCGCCCGAUCCGCAACUACGAAUUGCAUAAUCUGGACUACGGCAAGUUUAUUGAGGCCUGGCGCACAGGCGCAACUCCCAGAGUCGAACUAUGUGAUCAUACAUUUUCCCGUCCAGCGCCUAUCGCAGCUGGACAAGGCGUCUCGGAGGAGAAGUCUCAGUCGUACACACAUUAG